AUGAGCCCAAUCUCGGCUCGGACCACAUGCUCUCAAAAGAAACUGCAGACUACCCCCGCUGGUCUGGGUUGUCCCCUGUCAUCUUGCGCUGCUGCAGACAGUUCACCACGACCAGGGCCUGUCUUCUCCAGUGAAGAGGCACCAAGACACCACAGACACCCUUGUCGCCCCCGUCAGCAAGCUCAAAGAACCGGUCCAAGUCGCGCCUGGGCGUCCAGUCCAUCGCGACAACAAUCACACCUUGGGAAAUACAGUCCCCUCCUCGCUGCAGGUGGCCUCCAAGAGCCCAAUCGCGUCACCGGCCGCCAACUCAACGGCCAUAAUAAUACCUAUGUACGAAUCGCACAACACAGAGUGCCAACAAUACGCACCCACACACACACACAGAGUCACAACUCCAACAUAAACCCGCCUUACCUGGCUCGCACAACUCACAAAAGAGAGACCCCUCCCACAGUCGUCUCUCCCCCGAUCCCAACGUCCGUGCCUUCGCCUCUGGGCUCUCAGCAUGCUGUCCGCUGUGGCGACGACUCUGCCGCAAUAACGAUGGCAGAACUCGGGACCCGUACACCACCGGAACCAGAUGCAGACCCAGAACAAGACGACACAACAGACCUCGACCUGAACACCACGGCCUACCGAUACACGGCAGACACCCACUUCACCGACGACUACACCGACACCGUCCGCAACACCGAUGACGCCCGUCCUCGCGACGCCGAUCCCAUGGCAGACUUCGUCCAAACUUCCGCUCCCCGCCCGGACGAGGGGUCCAGAAUGCGAUGUUGCUGCGGUCGCAACGAUUGUGCUUAUUUGAAGCAUAGCUGCUCCGUGCUCGAAACUGUCGAAAAGGAUGUUCAUACCGCCGCCAAGUUGGGCAAGGCCUUACUUGCUCGUCAUGAGGCGUACAUGGCCGAUGCCGAACGAGAUCGCAUGUCCCUUACGAGCCGCAUAGAGCAGUUGGAAAACGAAAAGGUGGAAUUACAGGCCGAGAACGCGAGGACCGUCGAAGAGAACCGUACCCUACUAGAUCAGCUCGAAAUGCUCAACAACACGGUUCAGGAUUCCGAUAUCCGCAUCCAGACCCUUGAGGCUACCCUGCUGUCGUCUCACCAAGCAGUGCGGCGUCUCGAGGGCGCGGCAGCUCGUGCUGCGGAGAUGGAGAGGCAUAUUGCGCUUCUCGAACAGGAGCAGUUGCGGCUGCAAAACACCUUAAUUACGACCGAAUCUGAGGCCCGCUCCGCCAUGCAGCGGUGGAGAAAGGCCGAGAGAGGCAUCUCUGACCUUCAGGAACAGCUGGAGCGCAUGGAAAAGGAGGCCAAGGAAGAGCGUGAACGCCAUGCCGAGGUUUUGGGCCGGGUGGAGCGCCAGCGUGAGAUGGAAAAGGAACUGAACCUUGCCGCCGGACGCCUCAAGGGAGCUGCCGCCACCAAGUCGCUCACCAACGGGAAACCCGCCACCAACGUGGUAUCUCACUUUGUCCGAGACUUGCUGCAGGACAAUGCUAAUCUGCAGCUGGGCAUGGCCGAGUUACGGGAAAUGCUUCUCAACUCAAACGACGAAAUUCAGGCCAUGAGGGACCAGCUCAUGUGUCAUCAACCCAUCGGGGAGGAAGACGCCAGCGCUGCGUCGACCUUGCGUGCUGAAAUCGGGCCGGAAUUGAGCGAGACGAUACAGCACAAUAUUUCCCAGCAAGUGCAUAUCCACCACCAUUACCAUGUUGCCGAAAAGAACAAGAAGAAGAAGCGUCACAGCCUGAACCCGGCAAUCUUCUCUCCCGCCAGCGUCUCGCGAUCGUCCACCCCUCCGCCGGCCGUGUGGCGACCCGGCCCCUCACCAGUGACCCCCAGGGCCUCGCAUUCUCACACGGGAUCAACGUCAACAGUUUCGAUGCCGCCCUCAAAUCGGUGGUCCGUCUUCUCAGAGCAACCCUCUGAAUUCGCACCGUCGUCCGUCCCGAGUUCGCCUCAGUCAAAUCCUCGUCUUUCCAUGUUCGACCGCCCAAUGCUGGAGACGGACAUACCCAUGUCUCCGACGACCAGCCUGGAUCCUACGUCGCCUACAUGGAAGGUCUCUCACCACAAGCGCCCUUCUGAGGUGUCAAUUCGAAGUUUCUCUGUACCUCCAAAGUUCCUAAACUUGGGUUCGCCAGCGCCGCCAGCUGCCCCGACAGUACAUGUCUCUCAGCCUAUUUCGUCUACGAUUGAGGAAGAAAGAGAGGAUCACAGCGGUGAGGAAGUGCCCGGGUUACUCACUUCCAAUGAGGACCACGGAGAGACAGAAACCGAGACCGAGACAGAAAUCUCAUUCUCCAAGGACGAAGAUCUACCGCGGAGAGGUCUACACCGUGCCGUCUCCCACGAGUCAAUCAUGUCGCUGUCGGGAGGCUUGGACAUUCACACACUCAAAGUACGACCGAGUCAAUUGACCCUUCGCCCUCUGGGUGGGGCCGAUGCUGUGUUCACCGGAGUCACGGCACGGUCAACGAUAUCGAGAGGAAGCGAUCGACGGAGUGACGCCUUGCUUCGCGAUAGUCUGGCAGGGCGACCGGUGUCGAGGAUGGUUUCCACUCCGGUUCGAAGUGCUUCGCCAGCAAGCACCCAUUCUCAAGGUUCGCAGAACUCUGGAGGAAUAGGUCGAUGGGUUAGCUGGAGGCCUUGGACUGGCGCGGCAGCAGGCCGAGCCACAACACCCACGCAGGCACCGCCUACACCGACACCGACACAACGCAGCGGGAAAGAGAAGCAGAAGGAAAAGGAAUUCCUCAGACCGCCGGGCAUCAAUCAAGCCGGUGCUAUUCCAGGGUUCCAUGAAUACCUGGCGGCGCAUCAGCGUCGCGGUCCUCCGAGCAAAGUGUCGCCUGACCAGGUGGACGUCGACGCACUUCGAGAGGUGUUGGAAGAGUGA